AUGAGGGUCGGGUGCAUCCCGCGCCUUGACUUCACCUUGGGUCCUGAAUCGCACAUUCGAUACUACGUGGAUAAAGAUGAAGGAAACGAGUUUGCUAAAGACGAUAUUCGCGUUGACACAUAUCAUAAAGCUGUGUAUUUGGCUGAAGCCUACCGGUUUCCAGCUGUGGAGCUGUUGAGACGCAUGAAUCGUGAUGGGCGGGUAGCCUCCGCCUCCGCAAAGUUGGCAUUCUUGGCAGGAUCCACUUUUGACUUCAUCUCAUGGCACCUUCCCGACACUGGCAGCGACCUGGAACUCAUCAUCUCCGCCAACAUGAUCGAAAGGGCAGGAGCCACAAUGAUCUGCCCCACACCGGCACCGCAAUCCGCUACUACUGCAGGUCCGGGCCCUGGCGCAGGUCAGUUGGAACCACUGCAACGGCAGCGGGAAUCUCCCUCGGUCUUUGACCAGUCCAUCACCUCCAGUGUUACCGCUCCUUCUCAUCCGGAUUCCCAACACCAAAGUCCGAUCCGUCCCGGGCCAUCUCGGAAUGAUCCCGGUCCGAGCCACGGGCCGCAUGGACGCGAUCACCGAACACCGAGCCAAGGCCCAGGUCCGGGUCCAGCAGCUAUUCUACCACUACCACCAUUGCCUCCUCCUCGCCAUACGCCCGUUCUCUCGCCGACCGAACGGCUCCCCGAAGCAGCUCAACUGGGUAGCGCAAUCGCGGCUAUGGGAGCCGUCUCUACCGGACAAGAUGCCGCUUUCAACGCCGCCGACGAUUUCUAUGGCAGUUCCUCGGCCGCCACUUUCAUGGAGGAAGCGAGCAGCUUUGUCAAGAAGAAACACACACAUCGCAUUCCAGAUAUGGAUGUCCGACCGACACAGAUGCCACACCCUGUGACUUCCAACCCUCUCCACUGGAAAGGUGGUGAUUCGCGCAUUUCCACACGCAUGCAGUUCGCCCAGGCCGACAAGUUUGCAUUACCUCCACGGACUCUGGCCGACCAUCUCCUCAAGCGCUACUUUGAGAGGGUGUACUGGCUAUACCCCUUCUUCCACAAACCCACCUUUGAGCAAGCGUACGAGAGUCUGUGGAGACCGAGCCAUGAGCAUCCUACUGAGCCGCCAUCCCCUCCCGGUCUUGGGCUUGGAAGUUCUCCGGGAGCGGACGCCAGCACUAUCGUGUUUCAUUUUGCUCUAAACACCAUCUUUGCUAUAGGCUGUCAGUUCUCUGACCUCACUCCGGAUGAAAAGGCCUCCACGCUACAGACCUUUUUUGACCGAGCAAAGGCAUUCGUCAGUCUCGAUCUGCUUGACCUCAACAACAUCGGUGUCGUACAAGCCCUGUUACUCAUGACCAUAUUCUUGCUGGGCACACCCUUUCCUCAAAGAUGUUGGAACUCUGUUGGAGUGGCCUGCCGACUUGCUCAGGGCCUUGGACUCCACACAGAGGCAAGUCAGUCGACUCGUAUUAUCCGGUCCGACUUGGAGAAGGAGAUACGGCGGAGGACAUGGCAUGGCUGCGUUAUCUUGGACUUGACCGUCAGCAUGACUUAUGGGAGGCCUACCAUGUCUGCUCAUCUUGAUGCGCUCGCAUUGCCGUCCAUUGCCGAACUUGAUGGCGGACAGCUUGACCAUCAGAAUAGCCCUUCACCGGUUAGUGUGCCGUCAAAGAUGUACUUCUACCUCGAACAUAUUCAGCAGUGCCAUAUCAUGGGAGAGAUUUUGUCCACCGUCUACCAAUCAACCUUGGGUCGACCAACCAAUCUACAGGACCCGUUGAAUAGUGAUCAAGCUACCCAUGGCCUCGAUGACAUCCUUGCGCUCGACGAGAAUCUUUCGCGAUAUGAGAGAUCUGUGAAUCCCAUCAUGUCCUGGAGCACGCCGGCCGAUCUCACAGCGGUGGAACCGGAGAGAAGACAAGUUAUCGAGACCCAGAGGACUGUGCUCCAUGGAAAGUAA